GCUUCAUACUACGGAAAAUCGUCAUUGCGGUCAGUACGUGAAAAUUGUCUUUGCGACUUUUCCGUAAUCCAGUGUCUCCUUGGUGAUUAAUUGUCUGAUUAAACUUGACGUAAUACUCGCGAGUGUUACGUGGUACGCAAUUCGCAAUUGAGUCUAAUAAGAGGACUGUUAAAGUUGGAAAAAUGGGUAGGUCUAGGUCGAGAAGUAAAUCGCCUAGCCGGAGGCGUCACAAGAGCAAACAUUCCCGUAAACGCUCUAAAUCACGCGAAAAGCGAUCGAGUAGCAAGUACUCCGAGAAGCCAAAAGAACGCAGCUCCAAGUCUAGGAAGAGAUCGCAUUCUGCAACAUCCAGUAGCGGUUCAGAUGUCUCCGAUGAUGUACAUAUUGUUAGUCACAAAAAACGCUCCUACAGGGAUAGAGACCGAAAGAUGGACGAGGUCGAGAGGCUGGCAGAAAUGGAGCGACAGAGGAAAAAGAAAGAAUUAGCGAACAAAAUCCUUGCCACGAGUGCGAUUGGGAGGCAACGCGAAGUUGAACAGAAGAUGGUCGAGGAGGAGGCUGCAAAACGAAUUGAAGAACUUGUACAAAAACGUGUUGAAGAGGAACUAGAGAAACGUAAGGAGGAGAUCGAAGCCGAAGUGCAGAGGCGAGUAGAAGAGGCUAAGAGGGCCAUGGAACGGCAGAUGAUGGAGGAGAUGGAAUGGCGCCAGGCCAAACUUCGCGAGGAGGAGAAACGAAGAGAGGAGGAAGAGCGGAAAAAGCGCGAGGAACUUGAGAGGAUCAUGGAGGAGAACAACAAAAAGAUCGAGGAGGCCCAGAAGAAGCUGGCCGAGGAAAGACUGGCUAUGGUCGAGGAGCAACGGCUGAUGGAAGAGGAGAGACAGAGAAUGAGAAAGGAACACGAGAAGCGUGUCAAGGAGGAGCAGAAGAAGAUCCUCGGCAAGAACAACUCCAGGCCGAAAUUGUCCUUUACGCUUAAACCAGUUACGUGAGUCUGUACUAGCUGCGCGCAGACGUGUAUGUGAUAUUCGUGCGUUCUUGUCGGUUCUGGAGGACGUUUUCAAAACCUGCAAGAAUCAACAACCUUCGUUAGCUACCACAUGUAGUGUACGUACCUUUUGAAUAUGUCGUAAUAAGGUGACUAGCCGGUUGAUAAAAUCGGAAGCUUCUCGCGACUACUUUAAAACCUCAUUUCACUUCACUUCACUUUACUUCAGAUUGCUGAAAUACUGCCGGAGCGGUUCAUUCGAUCAUUUUGGGAUCCUUUGGGAUACUUUCGAAAUUAUUGGAUCUACUGACUGUGAUGGCGAGAAUUUCAUGCAGUCGCCCUCACGCGAGUUACGUCAUUUACUAGAGGAACAAGCUCUGUUUUUUUUUUCCUUUUUUUCUUUGAACUUUUAACAUUAAUUUGAGAGAGAACGUCUAAUGAUUUCUUAUCACAAGACUCGGGUCGGUACAUGAAAUCAUGCUGAUUUGGAUGAACCAAAUGUCAUCCGUUGAUAUUUUUAUUUCAAUGUGGUCACGUUGAAAGUGACCGUUAUUGAUCGUACCACGUGGUGUAAUUUAAAUCUGACAGAUGAAUUUGCAUAUGCUGUAUUAUGUUUCCAAGGAUUUGAGAAUCUCGUACCAAUGAAUUUUCUUCUGUAAAUAGACAAUUAGCAAAACACCUCAUCGCUUGGUUUCUAAAUAUAUCGGUAAUGUCUGACCUGUUGUGUCAUUUUACCUGUGUAAAGUGUUGAUUAUUCUAAUAGUGAGAUAACGUUCAUUUCGUUCAUUUUAUUCCUCGCGAAAAGAUAUAUAAUGUCCACGAGAGCUCACUCUGACCUGACGUAUCUUAAAAUUCGAUUGUACUGUAAAAUAAUCAUGAUUCCAUAGAAGUGUACAAUCGAACGCAGACACGAGCAGAAUGCUGUUUUGUACGAAUAAUCAGUAGGGAUGGGAACAAAGCUAUACAGUUGUAAAUGUUCCAUACCUAUGUUUGUAUAGUCAUGCCGCAAAAUGAAAUCUGUUGAUACAAGAUUGUAUAAUCACGAAAAUGUUAUUUGUAAAAUAAACGGGUUUUUAUUAA